UGAUCAUGCAUCCCCUAGUUAUCAAUGCAGGCCUCUCUUAAUUCCACUGUCUCACUAUCCGUAAGGAACCAAGUGCCGAUAUUUGGGAAUCUUAUCUUUUCGAUCUUGCACAUUUUAAACGACAUUGUCUUUAUUUUUAGUAGAAUACCAUGAGCGCCGACAAAUCAGGGGUGGAAAAGGUGCUUGACGGCUCCUUGUUUGGUUACGGCCACUGGUUUGAACCCAUCGACAAGGCCUUUGGGACGACAUUGGAGCCGCAGCCGCAGCCCGGUCCGGAAGCCUCGAGUGAACCGGUGGAGAAACCGAAAGGGAGAGGUAGACCGCGAAAAUCACGAAACAACGAUGACGCGGCUAGAGAGAAACGCCGGGCCCAGAUUCGAAGUGCGCAGAAAACAUACCGGGAACGAAAAGAGCGAGCCACAGCUUCCCAAGAACAAAGAUGCGACGAGCUCCUACGAGUGAUCUCAGACAUCUCUGCGGAACUAGAGGAGCUUCUCCAAGUUGCUUGUGCGACUGGAGCUAUCGAUAGAAAUGAUGCUCUUGGUGAGAAAUUGCGCCACACGGCGUCGUGCUACGACUCGGCGAUAGAAAGACCAUGCAUUGAUCCCAAGCUACGGCUUCUACGAACGAAGAGUCGACAGAAACGCGAAAACAACCGACCAGACACGCUUGGCCCUCCAACAGAUGAUGAAGCCACUCCUCAACCCCAAAGUUCUCCAACGCGCCGUGACGAUUCGGCUCUAAGCACUCUCUGGAGUUGGCGGGAAAUACCACACCGCAUGGACCUGGACCUGGGGCGCGUCAGUGACUCAAGUUUGAUCCAGUCCUUUAGACCGCAUCCUGGAAGGAAGACUGCAUUGGGCGCUAAGACGAUGCUAGACUUGAUCAAACAACGACAAGCUGAUUUGAAAGCCGGCCGGCCUAGCCAGCCUGUGACCGCCAAAGACAUCGAGUUCACGCAAAGGAACUCGAACGGGGAUCUGGGGGAACCAUUGAAAUUCGGAGGCCAUGGGUCUUGAUAGUCUGACAUCGAUAUUACAGCAAUGAACUUGCCAACUGGCUUUGAUUCCACAAUAUGCCUCCAUCACCUACUCCUCCCAACUAGCCUCACCAUCCAUCUCGUAUUUAGU